AGACGCCGCCCGGCGUGCGGAGCGCGAUGAAGAUGAUGAGCUCCCCUUGGGCUCGCUUCUACUCCAACAGCUGCUGCCUGUGCUGCCAUGUCCGCACCGGGACGAUCAUCCUUGGGGUCUGGUACCUGAUCAUCAACUCCGUGGUAUUGCUGAUUGUGCUGAGUGCCCUGACAGACCCUGGCCAGUACCACUUGACGACUGCUGAAUUAGGGGGCGACUUUGAAUUUAUGGAUGAUGCCAAUAUGUGCAUUGCCACCGCAAUCUCUCUUCUCAUGAUUCUCAUCUGUGCAAUGGCUACAUAUGGUGCAUAUAAGCAACAUGCAGCCUGGAUCAUUCCGUUCUUCUGCUACCAAAUCUUUGAUUUUGCACUCAACACCUUAGUGGCUAUCAGCGUACUUGUUUAUCCGAACACAGUUCAGGAUUACCUGCAACAACUGCCUGCCAACUUUCCCUACAAAGAGGAGAUUAUGUCAGUAAAUUCUACCUGCCUAGUUGUGAUCAUUCUUCUUUUUAUAAGUAUCAUUUUAGCUUUCAAGGCUUACCUGAUCAGUUGUGUGUGGAAUUGUUAUCGAUACAUCAAUAACAGAAACAGCUCCGAUGUGCUCGUCUAUAUUACCACUAAUGAUACAGCGGUGCUGUUGCCCCCGUACGAUGAUCCUACAAAUUGCACUGCUGCUAAGGAUCCACCUCCACCUUAUGUGUCAGCAUAAGCAGAGCAUGCAAAAGUGUACCUAAGAAACAAAUAGCUUUACUUUUCAAACACCUGAGCAAUAGAUUUUUUCUUCCAUAUCCUGGACAGAUGUAUAAGCUCCAAACAUUUAUUUAUUUCUGCUUUGCUGUAGAUACAUUUUAAACACAUUCUUUGCCUAACAAAGUGUUGAAUUGGCUUGAGAACCAUUUUUA